AUGACCAGUGAACGAAAACGUAUUUUAGUUACUGGUGGAACUGGUCUAGUGGGUUCUGCAAUAAAACAUAUCUUUGAAAGUGAAUCCAAUAAAGAAAAACUAAAUGAAGAAUAUUUCUUCAUCUCAUCUAGUGAAUGUGAUCUUAGAAAUCGAGAGCAGACUGAAACUUUAUUUAAAAAAUAUCAACCAACUCAUGUGAUUCAUUUAGCUGCUCUUGUCGGUGGUCUCUUUCGAAAUUUGAGUCGUAAUCUCGAUUUUUUUCGUGAUAAUAUGCAAAUUAACGAUAAUGUUCUAUCUGUUGCAUAUCAAAUAGGCGUGAAGAAAGUUAUAUCUUGUCUGUCGACCUGUAUCUUUCCUGAUAAAACAACUUAUCCAAUUGAUGAAACAAUGAUUCAUAAUGGUGCACCACAUGAUUCAAAUUUUGGUUAUUCUUAUGCUAAAAGAAUGAUUGAUGUUUUGAAUAAAGGUUACUCAGCUCAACACGGCGUUCAUUAUACGUCAAUUAUUCCAACCAAUGUUUUUGGUCCACAUGAUAAUUUUAAUAUCGAAGAUGGUCAUGUCUUACCAGGUCUGAUUCAUAAAUGUUAUUUAGCAAAAAAAAAUAAUACGCCGUUAGUUAUUUGGGGUUCAGGAAAACCAUUAAGGCAAUUUAUUUAUUCCUAUGAUCUGGCAAAACUUUGUUUAUGGGUAGUACGAGAAUAUGAUAGUAUUGAACCAAUUAUUUUAUCAGUUGGAGAGGAGGAUGAAGUAUCAAUAAAAGAAGCUGCUGAAGCAGUGGUUAAAGGUAUGAAUUUUCAAGGCGAAAUUAAAUAUGACACGACAAGAGAUGAUGGUCAAUUUAAAAAAACUGCAAGUAAUAAAAAACUGCGCAGCUAUUUACCUGAUUUUAAAUUCACAUCAUUUGAUCAAGCUGUCAAAUUUACUUGUGAUUGGUUUGAAGCAAACUACGAUAAAGCUCGCAAAUAA